GCAGUCACUGCAUAAAUUUUACAGUUAGUAACUCCGGCUUUCAGUUCGAAUCAUGUAAUCGCAUUUAAUCAUUCGAGGAGUCUACUUCAAAGCGUAAUGACGGACGUAAGACAUAAUAGGGGACAUUCGCGAAAGUUAAAAAUUGGAGUUGGCGGACAACCGGUGGUAAGCGCGAUGAAAUUGUCACUGUUCUUUUACUGCAUACACGGUCAAGUAAACUUUGAUUGUUUUAUUUUACGCAGCAAAGUUGGCAAAAUGAAAUCGAACUCCAGCCCACAAGUUCUCUGGGAAAGGUCACUUCUGCUCAGAAUACAGACUCGAAUUUAGUAGAUGGAAUGCGCCAUCCCGUUGCACAAGGAACGGCUUCGAAGCAAGCGUUCACUACCGUUAACACACGAGCGAGGAAAGAAGCCGCGGCUUUUCCGGUGUUCCAUUCCAAAAAUGCCCCGAUGAAAGUCUCUGUAACUGGAGAAUGGGCUCUUAAGGAGUGCGAGGUACUUAACUAUAACUUUAUUUAAGGUUCAUUAUGUCUGUUUAAAUAUUCCUGGUGAAUACAAUAAAAGAUUACAAUCAGUUUACAAAUUGAUGUAUAGUAUUGGAAGUUGUAGCUCACAGUCGGGCUGUUGUUUGGUUUCAGGUCAGUAACUAUGCGCCCUCUGUGAAGGCUUAUAGCUUUUGAAAUGUCGUUUCUAAGAUAACUUUUCGUUCAACAAUCAUAGCGUUAUUGUUUGUGUUUUAUUCAAAGGAUUUCACAUCUUGGGCUAAUCAUUUACUCAAGAGAGGAAAACGCAGAACCAUUUCCGACAUCCGACGCUCGGUUGGUGAUGGGCAAACUUUAGUUCACAUUCUGGAAAUUUUAGGUGAGCUAAAUUACUCUCGUUAUUUCUUUAAAAAUUAUUGUUUGUCCUACUACAUAUUUGUUGGUCUUUCAUUAAAACAAAACCAAACAAAGAGAAUAUCGCUUUCACGAUACAAAGUAUCGACCGUCUGCGUUCGUACGGAUAUCUAUUGCAAUUUUUUAUAUUACGCUUGCGGUUUGAUAGAUCUGUUUUGGUUCACGCAACCACCCGUCAUUUGUAAACUAGAGCAGAUUUUAUGGUCUUUCCGUUUGUUUAAAGUUGUUAUUUUACCUUCCCGGUUACAUUUGUGUAGAAAAAUUCUAUCAUUUGAUAAAAAUUGAAUAAUAAUUAAUGAUUAUACAGUGAUUGUUCUCAAUACUUUUAAUUGAUGACGCUUCCAGAAAAAUCACGCAAUUGACAGUUGUUCAUCUUACUCUCUUGUGUUUGACAAAAGCACCCUGCAUUUGUAGGUGAUAAACAAAACUCUUCGAAAAUCAUUCCCAGCUUGUGCUAUGUGAUCUCAUCCUACAUUAAUUGUAACAUUUCUGUUUUUAAAGAAUCAUCAACUCACUUAAGUGUCUAUUCUGGUAUAUAUUAGAGGUGAUAAUUUAUGGCUUUCUGUUUUUCUUUUCUAAAUACACUUGUUUAAUAUCAUGAAGUCCCAUGGCUAUAGAUGUAAAUUAAUGAAUAAAAUACUAAGAUACUAAGAUUGUAAAGCAGAAAAUUAUUAGUCUGUGUCCAUCUCAUCUCUCAAUCCUUCAUUUCUAUGGGCAGGAUGUUAAAAUGCAUACUAGAGAAUGUGGGAUAAAAACUUGUCGCCGGCGAAUAACAUCUAUCCUGGGUUGAAUGUGUUGACCAGACAGAAUACCCAAAGCUAUCAUUUGAAUUAGUCCUUAAAAAAAAGAACAAAAAAAGAUUAAAAGCUAACCAAAGAUAAUGCAUGACCGCCAAAUAGCAUCCCUAUUUGCCUUUUAAAACUGGGUGUAUUUUGUAUGACUUCAAACAGGUAGAACUGCCUACCCAGCGUGCAAAGAAAGUACUGCCCGAUAGCCCGGGGCUAGUAGAUUUUGCUAUCGGGAUAGUGAAUUCUGUUUUUAACUUGCCCAAUGGGCAACUGAUGUUUUAUGAGGAAUUUGAAUAACAGAAGAACAAAAAAGUUUUGGGGCUAGUUGAAAUGACGUCUGGGCUAGUAAAUGCUAGCUUCAGCUUGCCCGAAAGGCAAGCUGUAAAAAUGAUUUUCUUUGCACCCUGCUACCUGGCCAUACCUUGUUGUAAAGCUAAACAUAAGUAUCCAAUCCCAAUCCUUUUUUUCCCAUAAGGUUGGUAGUUACUCGGGUAAUUGGCCAACAAACUUAGACUCCACUUUAGAGGGACUUUCUAUUCACGAUGAUGCCCUGUUCUAGAUGUGAGUUUGAAAUAUCUCUGAUUAUUCCCAAUUUUGGGAAAUAAAAAUUAAUAAAAUGUAUGGGCACCUUGAUUUACCCUAUAUAUCGGGCUGCAGCUUCUCAAAUGAUUGGAAACAGCUACAUUUUUGUAUCAAGUGGAUAAAUAGAGGAUAUUACAUGGCUGCACUGAGAAAUGAAAUUUAUUUCCAAAUGUUGAAAAAUAAUUCACGCAAGAGUGCAGAGAGCAACUAAAAUUUUUUUUAACACAAGAAGAGAAAUUCUGUAUCUUCAAACAGCCAUGUAAUGUUCUAUUUAUUAUAAUUAUAAACAUCAAUGAAAUACCAAACUAUUUCACUUUAGUGUUUUCUUUUGCUGUAAAAGGCACAAUUUAUUAUGUAGCCAUUAGCAAUAUUGUGAUUGUUUCACAUGUGAAGAUAUCAUUUUUUCACCCAAAAGCUCACCUGAUGUUUUGUUGGUGUUUAAUAUAUAAUCAACAGCAUUAUCCACUUUACAGACAUUGUAGUGGAUAGUGCUAUUCCCCUUUGAAAAAACUGGAGCUGUGAGUCUUAGAAGCACAACCCCAGUGGAUGGUACUCACAGAAGUACAUGUAUCCUAAUCUACCUGGUUGUCACUUCAUCUACUGUCAAAAUUUCACCUUGUGAACAGCUUGCUGUUACAAAUGCCACUGUGAUACAGACAGCUACUGAAUCCCUGGCAACAGUAAAUUACAGGCCUUUGUUUGAAAUAAACUCCUGCUCAAGACUGCAGGGUUGUCAGAAAGUUUUGACGUAGACAGCUGAGUUGUCAAAGUAAGCGGACAGUCCAGGGAUUUUUUAUUUAAAAAACGCCAUCCAUAAAGAAAUGCCCAUCAGAGUAGCCGGCCGAUACUAACCAAGUAGAUGGCGAUUUUCGCCAGCAGCCAGCUACUUUUAACAACCCUGGACUGUCAUUAAUCAAUGACAUGUACGCUUACUCAUGAUCCCAAAGGUUACCCGCAAUAACAGGGCUCGAAAAUAGUCCUGUCCAGUAGUCUGGGACAAGCAGAUUUUCUUGCUUGCCUAAUGGGCAAGAAUCCAAUUUAAGUCAUCCUUUAACAAAAUCAUUAACUAAGACAAGCAAGAAGUGCCCUCAGGCNCCUGAUGUUUCGUUGGUGUUUAAUAUAUAAUCAACAGCAUUAUCCACUUUACAGACAUUGUAGUGGAUAGUGCUAUUCCCCUUUUAAAAAACUGGAGCUGUGAGUCUUAGAAGCACAACCCCAGUGGAUGGUACUCACAGAAGUACGUGUAUCCUAAUCUACCUGGUUGUCACUUCAUCUACUGUCAAAAUUUCACCUUGUGAACAGCUUGCUGUUACAAAUGCCACUGUGAUACGGACAGCUACUGAAUCCCUUGCAACAGUAAAUUACAGGCCUUUGUUUGAAAUAAACUCCUGCUCAAGACUGCAGGGUUGUCAGAAAGUUUUGAUGUAGACAGCUGAGUUGUCAAAGUAAGCGGACAGUCCAGGGAUUUUUUAUUUAAAAAACGCCAUCCAUAAAGAAAUGCCCAGCAGAGUAGCCGGCCGAUACUAACCAAGUAGAUGGCGAUUUUCGCCAGCAGCCAGCUACUUUUAACAACCCUGGACUGUCAUUAAUCAAUGACAUGUACGCUUACUCAAGAUCCCAAAGGUUACCCGCAAUAACAGGGCUCGAAAAUAGUCCUGUCCAGUAGUCUGGGACAAGCAGAUUUUCUUGCUUGCCUAAUGGGCAAGAAUCCAAUUUAAGUCAUCCUUUAACAAAAUCAUUAACUAAGACAAGCAAGAAGUGCCCUCAGGCAAGCAAAAUUUGAGAGCUGCUUGCACAGAAGAUAUAAGCUUGAAUCCAUUUUUCAUCUAGUCCUGAAAAAAGGGAGUCAGGGGCUUCAGUAACUUUUUCUAUAAACAGCUGCUGAUGGUUGAAAAGGCAGCUAAGACCAGGAAAGGGGCUGUAAGACCUUAAAUCCUACUAGACUGCAGUAAGAGACCCUAUUGACAACUGGUGGUAGACUGCCAGUGGUCUGUACAUGUAGUUGUUAGGUAUAGUACGUGUAGUGAACAGUUAAAUGAACAUGUAUGAGGAAGGUGUUUAACUGCAGGAUGAUUCAUAAAUAUUAGGACCUAGUUUGAACAUAAUAAUAGACAACUUUGUGCUAAACUAAUCAAAGGAGAUGGGUUUGACGUAUGUAAAAUGAGUGUGUGAUACCACAAAAUUGGAUUGGGUCUCCAGGGUUGUUUGCAAGAGCCAGCAGCUGGUGAAGACAGCCUGCUACACUGCAAGGUUUUCCUUGCUACCUUCACAACAUGAUCUUGAUUGCUUAUUGAAACCAAAGUUUAAUUGCUCUCUGGAACAGCCUGCAUAUAAAUUAUUUUGAUUCAGUUUGCAUAGGGGCCAUUAAAAACAAUAUGUUCUUCCAAGUUAGUCACAUUAUGAUAAUACCAUGCAGUUGUUCACACUAUUGUCGCGGCAAGUGUAAAUCAGAAGCCAUGUAGUUACAUUUUUUUAAACAAAAUGUAACUUGAACUGCAUUUGAUAAUGUGAAGACAGUUAGUGGACCUCCAGAAAAAUUGACAUAUUGACCCAAAUUUGGGGUCUUUUAAUUUGUAUUUUCAAGAGUCAACAAGUAGUUUCCCAGCUUGAAUUGUGUUUGUUCAAUCAGCAAUAUAGUGAUCCGUGAUUUGGUCAUCAGUGUUAUAUUCUGGUCAUUGCUGAUGACCCUUAACUCUACUUAAAAAACCAGUUCAAAAUGUUUAAGCAUCAAGGAAAUGAUAACAACACUCAAGGUCACUAAUUUGAAUUUUGACACAGCUUCUUUUGCCGGGAAUCAUCUCAGAGUCGUAAUUGUCAUUAAUGUAAACUUUCAUCAGCAAUUUUUUUGAUGACAUGGAUUUGAAAUUUGUGGGAGAUUAAACUGUACUCUAAUCACUAUUAGGUGAAAACAACUCAUUUCAUACAUAUCAUUGUUAAUGGAAGGAAAAAAGGACAUUAUCAUGCAAAUUACUUUGAACUGAAUUUAAAGAAUGUGCCAUCCUUUUGUUGUAGCCUUCAUCCUUUAAUUACAUGUAACUUUGACAAAGAAAAUUGUGAGUUUAAGGAUUUAAAGCCAAAUCUUGCUGACUGACCUCUUCCUGUACAAAAAAUAUAGUAAGUAAUUUGGUAUACUUAAUUUAGAUGUAAAAAAAGCUUGCAGCAUUUUUGAGUUAUUGAAACCUUUGUAUAUUUGUUUACAAGUCUUUCUUUCAUCAGACCUUUGUCUCUUGGUAAUAUCCGUUAUGAGUGUAAUUUAUAACUCAGGCCGUCACUUUAUCCUCUUUGUCUAUGAACAUUGUAAUAUCCUGUCUAUUAUUAUGAAAUGCUUAUUGGCAUUGUAUAAAUCCUGCUCUGAUUGUCAUGGCAGGCCUUUCCAUUACAAUACAGCUCAAGGUGUUAUAAAACUUUUAUGAUGAACAACCCUUUGUUGACAGUGAAUAUGCACAUUCUGAUUUGAAAAUAUCGAUGAUGAAGAAAUGGCCAACAUGUGAGCUGAGGCAAAUACUAGAGCAGUUUAAAAAUGUCGUUAUACCAGGAUCAUGCUUAAAUGGCAGAAAAAAAGAAGUAAAUAUGAAAAUUAUGGCAGCUUUAUUUAGAAAUGAUGUUAGCAUUUCUGGAUGUAACAUAAUCCUUGUUUGUUGACAUGAUUGUACUGUUUCAUGCGUUAGGGCAGUCUUUCUAUAUAAACCCUGCAGUGCUUUGUAUAUUAUUCUUUUGUGAAGUUAUAUAUACCGUUCCUGAAGACAGCAAUGUUACACUACUCUGAAUUUUUAAACUCUGCAACUUCAUAGAACUUUAAUGUAUUUCAGUUCCAAGGGGCAUACUGUAACUGUUGUUUGUGUUCAUGUAAGCAAUUUCUUCGUAAAUUCUACGAAACCUGAAGUUUAAAAUGCUUUCUUUAAACAGAAGUCAUUUUUAAGGCUACUUUGUAUACAAUUAGCUACAGAGCUAGUGUAAAAUUCGAAUUGCCAUGCUUAUCACAUGUAUCUUCAUUUGCAAUUGGCUCAGUGAAACUUGAUGUUACAUGAAAACUCUUAUAAUGUUAUGGUGUUUUUUAGUGUUAAUGAUAUACGUAUCUGUGUAAUUAUUAUAUAAUAAUAAAAUGUCUGCAUUUUUUCCAAACAAGUUUAGCUUACUAACCUGCCAUGAUUUAAUGGAACUUAGGUUUGCUCUAAUUAUGUCUACAUGUUGUGACAUUAGUGUGUCUACAGCUGUCAUCGCUCUUGGCAGAGAUUGAGGCAUCUGUAACAUGAUGAAAUGAUGUUUUAUUCAUUUCAGCUGGUCAAAAAAUCCCAGGGGUCUAUGCACGCCCAGUGACCAGGGCUCAAAAGUUGGAGAAUCUUCAGUUAUGCAUGAGUUUUAUGGGAAACAGAAAUAUAGACCUGCAGGGCAUCUAUGUUGGAGGCAAGUGUCUAGUACAUGUUUUCUUUAAUUUUCUGAUUCCUUGAUCUGCAAUACACUGUGUGAUGACAUCACAAGGAUCAAGUUGACACAGUGUAGAGAACUAAUCCUGGUAACUGAGACUCUUAAAACCAGGGAAGUAAAAACGGGUAGUAUUAAAAGUCCAUCCAAACAUAAAUGUUGUAGAAAAAUGAAAGAUCAAGGUGAAAACAUUCAUUAGUUCAUAAAGCCAUGUAUAGGCAUGGUGAAUAGUAAAAUCAGAGACUUGUUUGAACGUAAGGGACUUUGCAAGAAAAUUUAAUGAUUUUGAGGUAGAAAGAGACUAACAAUAGGGCUUUACUUCAUACCACUUGGCUAAUUUACAUGUACCUGACGUACAGGUUGCAAAGAAAGUCAGUUUUACAGCUAUUCAGGCAAGCUGCACCUGGCAUGUACUAGCCCAAAAGUCAUUUCAACUAGCCUCAAAAUCGUUUUGAUGACGAGGAUUGAUUAUACAGUUCUUAUUUAAUUUGAAUUCCUCAAAAAAAGUCACUUGCCCUGAAUACACUAGCCCGAUAGCAAAAUCUACUAGUCCAGGGCUAUCGGACACUACUUUCUUUGCACGUUGACUGAUGUGAUGUAUUACUAGUUAAGAGACUGAGAUCUCCAUCUGCCUGAUCCUGAGGCUAGUUUAACAAAUAUUUCUUAUAAUAAUAUUUAUAAUUGUUCGAUUCACUUAUGUAUGCUUUAAACACAUCGCAGGGUGAAGGAUGGGUAUCUCCUGAUGGACCUCGACCCAGCUCCUCCGGCUCAAACAAGGAAGGUUCAGUGCCAUAUCUACCCUCAACUAAUGGUAGGUAAACUUUUUUUGCACAAGUGUGAUUACGUUCAUCACAUCUUUUUAUCUAGUCCCCGUUUUGAGCAAUUAAGUCCCCUCAGGUGUGUCGGAAAAGUCCGUAAAUUAAUGCAGAUCUUGAAUGUUCUUCUCUGUUGGUUUUUUUUCUUAAAAGUAUUUUGCCAAGUAUUUUGAAAGCAAUUGUACAGUUAAAGGUGAAUUUAGGUAAAGGUGCAUCUUACACGUCGGUACUUACUUUGUUAAAUCUUGCUUGUAUAGGGUAUUCUGCACUUAGAAAAAUCAAUUUUAUUGUUUUCUCCCUUCCUGAUGAUUUGCUUGUUCAUGUUAUUUACACCCCCACUGUAAGACUCUCUUAUAAACACCCCCAGCUGGGGUGGGGGAGGGGAGCCGUGAAUGCUUUUUUCCAUCCUUUUUUGAGAUGGGGGAUGUUUGCUUGCUUAUUUAAAACUGGAGCAGCAUCCCUGGGUAGAAUAUGGUAUUAUUGAAGAACUGAAACUUGUUAGCCACACCACCGGGGUCUACGUCCUCUACUCUUUUCGAACAGUGGUUUGGGUUCGUUAACGUCCCACAAGAACCGGAUAAGUGAAAGUGCGAUCUUCCGCCCAACUGAGCUAACCAGGCAGUGGCUGUUGCUUCCAAGAACUUCAAUUUUUAAUUUUUUAUUGCCGCUUUACAGGUUAUGAUGUUGACCCACGCACCCACGGCAGUAGCUCAGGGUACCAUUCAGAUGAGGCCUCACCAACGACACAGAAAAAUGAACCAUCUCCUAUCCAUGACUUCCGCAUGCCAGGAAUGCUUGAAGGCCAGGAAAGUCCAAUUCUGUCACGAAAACCAGUACAGCCUUCGGAUGUUAUCAUUACGGUAAAUACUAAUUUUCCGAACGGUGUCAGCAAGCAAAAAUAAAUAGCUUUUUCAUACAGCAGGGCCAAACCAGUCACAUUAUAAGCUCCAACGUAAAAAUGUUUCUCAACAAAUUCACCUUGUUUAUUAAUAAGGCCAGUUAAAGCAGUUAUGCAUGUCAAAGGACAGACAAAUGACAUAAGAAAGUUACUGUUUUAGAUAUUCCUUUUCUUACUUAGAGUUUCCGUGAAAUGUCACAUUGUUCUUUUCUAAAGUGCUCGUUUUCUUUACAAAGUCAGCAGAGUAAAAAACAAAUAAACAAACGAACAAAAUUUAGCCCUAAAGUAAAAAUGAGAAAAGCCCAGCCCACCUCGUUGUUUUUGCCAAAUUCUUAUGACUCGCUAUUGGUCGUAUUUAGGAGUUUCCACUGUAUAUGGUAAAUUUCACUAAGGUUACCAUCCUCUUCUAAGUAAACUGUAACAUUUAAAGUAUUGUUUAUAGACCCGAACAGAAUUGGACAAGCGAGGAGUCCUUCAAACAGCCCGGAAUCUCUCACCGUCACAGGUACGUUUCUAGAGACCUUUAAGGUGAUGUUACACGAUUACGAUUCGCAACGACGAUUUUUAGCGCAACACAGCGUUGCAACAUUGUUGCGACGUUGUUUCGAAUAGUUACAACAUUGUUCCAACAUUGCAACGCUGUGUCGCGCUAAAAAUCGUCGUUGCGAAUUGUCCUGUGUAACAUUACCUGUAGGCUCUAAAAGGAGGACGAUUAAGAUGACGAGAUUUUGUCAAUACUAUUUAGUGCGAGCUUUUGCAACGACGACGAUGACGGCAGCGGAAACGUCACUUUUAAAAUGAAUUCGCGUUUUUCAAACUUUGUCGCGUUUAUUCGAAUUCGUUGAAAAUGUCAAAUGUAGGCGAAUUUCCCUGGAGUUGAUUUCUUUGGGACCGCACUCAAGUUUAGAAAGAGAAGGAAAGAAUUCGUUGUCGCUUGUUUACGUCCUUCAUAAAACGUCGUAGUCGUGCAGUGACGGCAAAGAAAUGUACAAAAAAGUGUGAUGCAGGUGCAAAGUUGUUUUUUUACGAAUUAAAUUAACCUACUGCAUUUUUGCUGUUCUCGUUGCCGUCGCCUUCGUCGCUGCAAAAGCUCCCUAGUUUGGCGAGAAAACGCGAUAACCGUCGUCAUUCUACAGUUAGUUUAGGUGAAAAUGUAGUGACGGAAACAGUUAUCAAAUGUUAGAAGCCUAAUCAUUUACAGUAUAUCGAUCGGGAGAGGGCUUAACUUCUUCAAUAAAAAUAACCGUGUUAAAAAAUGAACGGUUUGGACAGGUGGUGCUCUACAUUAAUGAAAACUGAAAAUUGUUUCUUUUUAGAUGCGUGCUAAUGGGGCGAUCUCACUUGAGGACAGGCUGAGGUCACUGUUGAGCAGUCCAAAUCCUGGAGGGCUUCCUGUCGAGGUGAUUGUGUGAAAAUCAUGAUAGUAGUUAAUUAAAAAAGUGUGCAAUUAAGAUUUUCUAGAAAAAGUCAGUAUUAGGGGCCAGAGAAAGGUUAUUAGAUUGUAGAACGUAUAAAAUUCGGUUUCUUGUAAGUUCUUGUACGCUAUAACGAACGUUAUUCUUCCCCACAGUAAUAGUAAAGUACAUGUAUAUGAAAAAGAACUUUUACUUGAUAUAAUGAAACCUCAAUGUAGCGAACAUUAAUGAUUCUCAGUCUCUUGGCCUUUCGUUAUAUCGAGGUUCAGUGUACUGUUCAUAUCCACAGAGUAAAGUAGCUGGAAAGUAAGGUGUAAUGAACGGGGAGCUUAGGCAACAAAGACGGCGACGAGAAUUCGCGCUCUCGGCUUCAAACACUAUCGUGUUUAUUCCAUCUCGUUCAAUUCGGCUAAUAAUGGAGAAUUUUUCUGGAGUUGAAUUCUAAAGGACUGUGUCGAAGUUCAAGACAAGAAAAAGAAGAUCGUAUUGUUGUUUUGCGUUCACUUGCUCCACAAAACGUGAAAAUAUGAAGUUUCACGUUGUUAUCGUGAAGCGACGGCAAAGUAAUGUACAAAAAUGCGUGAUGCACGUGCAAAGUUGAUGUUUUGCUAAUCUAAGGGCCUGUUUACAUGGAGGUGGGGGCCCCAGAUAGGUGACGUAACAUGCGGCAGGUCACCCCACCUAUCAUGUAAACGUGAUCAAAGUAAAAGAGAGAUUAUGUGGACAGGCGGGUUACCCCACCUAAGCGGGUUACCUCACCUAACCGAGGUCCUCCACCUCCAUGUAAACAGGCCCUAAACCUAUUGCCUUUUUGGCGUUCUCGUUGCCGUCGCCGUUACUGAAGUUUCCUAUUAUCUCAGUGUAAAUUUGGUGGUGAUAAGGAUUUGCUUGAGACACUUAUUUUUACUUCAAACAGGAAACGGAGGAGGAAAUGCUGAUUCCCCCACCACCAAAACUACAGCCAUUUCACGAUGAAGAUGAUGUUGAACGUCGACUGCAGUCUUUGCUAGAUGUUGCCGAGGAAGACCAGCCGGGUAUGGAAUCAAAGCCGAAGGACUUCAGUAGCAUGAAGGAGCUGGACAGGAUUGGAUAUGUGGUAUGUUGUUUGUUAAGGAGGCUUUGACAUUUCUUUCUAGUUCAUUUCGUUAAUAAGAAGUAGCCAAGAUAGUAUACCACGAAGCACGACGUCAAAAUGAAAGCGAAAGGUUUUCAACCUCGUUAACACGGGUCUGCACAACUUUUGAACGGACUAAACGUACUUACACGGAUCCGCCUUUCGUUUACACAAGACCCGCCAAGCCGUGCAAGUUUUUGAACGGCAAUGUGUUCAAGUUUUUCACAAAAGUAGGUCAAAAUUUUUGACCCGUAUGGUUCCCCUUUUGCGUGAACCAUGCAAAUUUUUGACACAGUUUCAGCGCAGGUAAAGCCUGGACGUAGUGGAGCCCAGUGACGCACCUUUGAUAUAAAAAAAAGCCAUUCCAGUGCUGACACCGUCAAAAAUUUGUACGGACUCGUGUAAAAAAAUAAAAUAAAAAUACACACUUUUUAAAAUGUCUUGCAAUUCGUCAGUUUGAAAUUUCUUUUAAUUUGUCCAUCCGUUCCUUUUCUGGUAUUUUUUAGCCUGCAGAGCUGGUGGGAUUAGUGCGACUGCUGUAGUUUUUGGCGGCAGAGACGCCCAAGAAUCCCGCCAGCUGAGCAGGCUAGGUAUUUUUGUGUGUUUUUUAUACUUCUUGUAAUGUUUUGAGCGGUUAUUUUUUAUGAUUUACCAAAUUUGUUGACAUUUCCCACUGUUUAAAUUUGAUAAAUUCAGUCCCAGCACAGCUCGUUAAAGCUUUUGGUACAUGUCGAAAGCAAGUUUGAAGUAGAGAAAUGUUUUGAACACCAGCAUUUCCACUAGAGAAUUUCACUUUUUAGGGAAGUAGAGCAUUUUGUGAUGUAUUUAUGAUUUUCUAAGCCAAGCCACCCUUCACAAAAGAUGCGAAAUGUUCAGAAGGGGCGCGGUCAAGCCAGAACGAGCAGUUUCACAGGGAAUGCAAAGCCUGCAAGGUAAUAUUUAUUUUCAUUUACUAGUGCUGAUAAUUAUAGGUGUGUUGUUUGGUAUGGUCCAUUAUUUAAUGAACUGAGGUCGACUUAAAAAUAGAAGGGAAUGAAAUAAAUACGAGAAUUUAUUGAAUAAAUAAAUAGAGACGGAAAGAAAAAGAUAACGAUUUAUUGGUCGCACAUCCACAGUGUGGUUUUUCGUCUGCGAUUCCAUGUGUGUAAGCAAUAUACAUGCAUGAGUAAGCAAUAAUACUGUUUAUUUCGUUUCAUUUUUUGUGAUGUCUGUGUCCUCAAAAUGCAUUGCGUGCAUUUCGUUGUGACAUCUGAAGAUCAGAAGCACAGGUUCUUAGCUUCCUUGUAAAAGUUGGCUGAUACCAGACCUCGGAUUUCCGCAGCAUUUUCUGUAGGAAAUAAAUAAAACAACGUGGUAAAUGUCAAGCUCAGCAAUGCUUUGAGGUUUUUGGUCGAAGAAAAACGAUGUUUUCUGGACUUGUUUCGAACCACACAAUUCGCGGGAACUGAUUUGACUUUCCAACCAACAAGCCACAUGGGAGUUCUUAGCGAAUUUACCCACUAUUUACUUUACUUCGCUCAUUUAUGAGAGGUGUCGUACAUGCUAUCACUGCUUGUUGUGUUUUACACUUUUUCAUUUCUGUAAGAAAUUAGUCGAAUGAAAGCUGCACUAUUUUUUGUUUGGAGAGUAAGACUGAGUUGUCUGAUUGUUGUUCUUUUUUUAGGGGAGCAAAGUUACCAGCUGCACCUCAAAAUAGAAGAAGCAGAGUAGAUUCAAACUCGCCAUCCGUUUCGCCCACGCCGCGUGGCAAACUUGCUGCGGCUGUGUCAGCGGAAGGGAUAGCGUCGCGAACUCAGAUUUCCGCGUCGCAAAAACCAACGCGGGAGUCGCGGUCUGGAAGUACGUACAGUGAGAAAACCCAUACAAGAAAACUCGUCAAAGGAGAAGGCACGCCUCCAAGACGAUUCCAAAGAAGUAGUUCAUCACGUUCAGAUUUCCUCCAACAAGUUGCUGACAAGUUAGCGGACAGGUCUACCACAUCGACAGCAAUUUCGGAAUCGGACACUCCAUCUCCUGCACGGACACCAAUGCUUCCAACACUGUCACCUGCAUCAUCAGUCGCCACGUACGUGUUUAUGAGCUCCUCUGAUUCUUCAUCUGGUCUGAGCUCCGACGAAGACGAGGGAAGCCGUCGUCGGCGAAGAUCAAAAAGCUAUAGUGGCAGUGGGACACCAGCGAGCAGAAGAGACAGAGGUAAAACACUUUGAUGUACAGUGAAAGAAUCUCUAUAUGAGACUACCUCUCGUAAGCGAUCACCUCCCUUAAGGGACUACCUUCAGAAGUUCUUAGGGGUUCGUUUUGCGAAGGGCAGGAUUGCAUGUCGAGCCAAAAGAUCGUCUGUGUGGAAGGCUAGUCAAAACCCUACCUUUGAAAUCUCUCGUAAGGGACCACCUCUCGUAAGCGACUGCGACCACUCUUUGGACCAAUGGGUUUAUAAUUUUCCACAGCCCGUUUCAGUAAUAAAAGCAGAUCGAGAAAAGUUGUGCGAAAACCGCGCGGGGGUUAGGAGAGUUAGGGGAGACGGGAAAGUGGAGCCUGUCAGCAUUGCUUUCAAUACCUUAUAAGGGUAUACCAGCUCCUGAUAUACCCUAUAAUUGGUCAAAUUGGACAGUUACGUCAACUCUUACGUCAACCAUUUGGCUUCACGAGCGCAUAGUCAAAGAAUUAUGGUGAGCUUGUGAAGCCCUCUUCCACCGCACAUUUUGACACAGGAAACAGUUUCUCUGAAAGUGGGCGGGGUAGUCGGGGCACUGAGGUGCUUGAAAAAAAAAAUGCCUACAGGUUCUCUCUUUGUCUUUUCCCGCCGCUAUUCGCUCGCUCUUUCCCUACGCUUUUUUCUCUCGUUUGCACUGACCGGGAGCCUGGCACAGGCUAAAUUUCCAUUGUUUUCAACCUCUUUUUAGCGACCACUUAACAAAUGGUCUGAUCUUUAUGUUCACUGUGUGCACUAAAUGAUAACCUACAAUCGCCGACAAAAGGAGUUGAGACACUUCGCCCUAAUUCUAAGGGGGCUUUUUGACGUUUUCCUGACUUCAAAAGGAGGAAAUAUAGCUUUUCCUCCCCAGUCCUCUCCAUGCAAUGUUGUGCCGCUGUUCGAGCUACCUUUAGAUUACAACAAACACCCCAACUUUGAAUGGAGGGGACCGGGGAGGGGUGUUGGUCUUUUUGUUCUCUGAAGUUACCCUAUUUGAGUACAAUGUCUCAACAAUUUUGUCGGCGAUUGUAGCUCUGCAAGUCUGUGGCCGCACCUUUUUCUGAAGAGACCCCCCUGUUUUGACUUUCAUAGUCGACAUCUUCCCCUAAUCGACCAGUAAAUCUUAGCCUUUUGAGCCUUCGCUUACAGGGGGUUCGUCUGCAGUUACAGAUGUGUGAAUAGCAUUCUCAGCUGGCUUGAGCAACAAACAAAACGUUUAUCGUUCUCAAAUGCAAGGCGCCUUUCUUGAAUUUUUUUACUUAUUUGUUCUGUUACGUUUGGUCGUUUUUGUCUUUGUCUGUUACGUUUUGUCUCGUUAAUGCACGCUAACGAAUUUCGUACAAAUUAUUGCCUGUCAUUUUUGUCUGGUCGGGAAAGACACUAAUCUAUUUCGAGACCUCGGGAGCACAGUAAGGCAGCAUUUAUUUCUGUGUUGGGAAAUGUGCGGUGCUUUGCUAAUUGGGGAGAUUGACUUUAUGUUGUAUGAACUGAGUCCAUAAAACGAAUCUUGGUGGAAUAUUUAUGGCUGGUUGUUUUAUAAAAAUUGCAUGCCUUGUAGAAAAUGACUGCCUUUUCUUUAUUUCCACUAAUUUUUAUUAGGAAAAGCGAAAAACUCUCAGGAUUUGCAGUCCAUUCGUAAACAGGUAUCACAUCAUUCGCAGGCAUUUUUAUGAAGUAACAUAUAUCGACUAACUAUAUACUUUAGUUAACUUGGGUUGAUCACGAGAAAUGUGUAAAUUUACCCAAAGUAACUGAUAGCCUUUUUCAAUAUAUAUAUUUUCAAUCUUUAGUAAAGGUGUCAAGAUAAGUAAAAUGAAGCUCCUUACGUGCAGUCGGAGUCCACAGUAAAUCACAAAGAGAUUUAACUACCUUCUCUCUAUAAAGAAGUUACUUGUUCUGUGGACUGAAUAUUAUGAAUAUUGCGAGAAACAUUAGAAGAUGGAAUCACUUGGAAUUCUUAAAGGUGUUCGUAUGUAAGGCUUUAUAUGGUGUGCCAGAUCAAAAAGCAUGUAUAUGAAGUUGUUUGCAAAAUAUCAAGAUUUUUAAUUUUUGAUUCUUUUUUCUCGUAGCUUGAAACACUUGAAGAGAUGUACAGUGAAAUCUUGGUGGAAGUUGGAUCCAAAGAUUCAAGAAUUUCUACCGAGAAAAACAGUCAACGAACAGCAGAUAUUCGAGGUAUGCUGUGUUUUGCGGUUGCCAUUUCUGAAGUUUGUAAUUCUGGCUUGUCUAUAGCUAAUAUAAUAGCUGUUUGGUGGACUAGCUAUAGAAUCGCUGCAGUUGCCGUUGAUUUUUAUCUUCGAAUCUGUUUUUAUCUCACAGUAUCAACAAUUUUAAUUAAAUAGAUCAGUGUAUUAUUCAUUAGGUUAUUGGUGGUUUUAAGAGUCUUCUCAGUGUCACGUAAAAUAUAUAUUACCUUUUUUGCGGGCCAUGCUCUCGACGCCUUUAGUCUCAACACUUUUGUGUAAGUUCUCGGUUUUGCCUCGCACGUCGGAAACAGAAAACAGUCUUGGUUUUGCAAAGAGAUGCUGGACUCAUCGGACGUACAAAAUUUAAGGCUCUGGUUUGCACAGAGAAAGACUUUCCUUUCUGUUUCUUUUUAUUAUGAUUUUUUUGUGUGUUGUUGUUUUUCGAUAGAUCUUCCUUAACAACAACGACGCAUGGCGAGCAACAGUUCUGUAAAUCGUGAAGGCGACGCAACGAUUUAAACGCGCUUUUUUCUGUGGCGGCUUAGAUGUUCAGUUAGUUUAGCCUGCGUAUUAAGCGUUUUCGCCUCGGCCUUGAUAUACUGACCUCACUCUCGGUUAAUGAGCAGUAUUUGUUAUAUUGAUUGUUAUUUAUUUUGAUCUUUCAGGAAGCUUGGCUGCUUAUAAGAAACAAAGGAACAAAGAUAUCAAGUAAGAUAUAAAUUUGCGAUAUACUACACAAAUCAGGCAAAGAAGAAAACUAACAACUGAGCUCUCCUUUAUUUUAUUUUAAAAUGCUGCAUCCAUAAUGUAACGUAAAGAGAGUCUAGCCGCUGGGAUGGACAAUGAUGGAACAAGCAAUUGGCACGUCGUUACAUAUGUAGGAUGUUCGGUCUGUCUGGAACCAGUCAUGGAUUGGUAGACCAGGUUGAGAGUACAAUAUGCAAUACCUUAAGUGAACUAAUAGAUGCCCUAUUUUAAACAUUUCAAGAAAUCCUCCUAUAUUUCCUAUAGAUAGGACAUAUUCUGGUAUCUGCUCUGUGAAGCAAUUUACAAAAUCAAAAUUCUUUAUCAGUAAAUGUAGAAUUUUUUUAUUAUUAUUAUUCUUUUCCUUUAAAGAGUCAAUAUUUUGGCAGAAAAUUCCAAUAUUUUCCUAUAUUUUGAACUUGAACAGCCUAUUUAUCCCACAGAAUUUUCCAAAAAGUGGCUGGGAUGCCUGCUUGUCUCAUAUACGCCCGCUGCGCUUUUACGUUUGUAUUAGACGCCUCUCUGUAAUAAACGCCCCGCAUGACAGUUGUUCCAGUAGUGGAAUAGUGAAAUAGAUCGAAAUCAUUCAAUUGAUUCAUUGUCUUGUUUCAUUAACACAAGUUUGCGCAUUGCAUUUUGUUUAAUGUCAAGUUCAAAGUAAGGAUUCUGACAUGGAAGUACAGGUUUAUAAAACGAAAUGGAUCUCUACAAGGCUUAGAGAUAUUAAUGAAUGGACUGGAUAGUUUGCUAUUUAUAUACUGUGCUGACGUAUUGGCUGAAAGCAUAUUCUUGGCUUGCACUGUCACGCAAUGAAAAAUAAAAAUGCAAACCAUUCAAUAUAGAAGGAAUAGAAUCUGUGAAAUAAAAAAAGAUAAAUAUACAAAAACCCUUGCCAAGAAUCAGGUCUGUGAAAUAUUUCAAAUGCGAGAUAUCGGGAAAAACGGUUUACUUAAAUUUAUAAAGCUUUGUAUGGAAACGCCAUGUUGGUGUCCCUUUCAGGAACACCAAUAUGGCCGCCGGAUACCAACAGAACAUCUGUUUUCUAGUUUUCCUACUAAUGCGUGAAUUCUUCGCUUGAGGAACUCAUAAAAAUUACAGUAAUAUUUAUUCUGAGACAAGGAAUGUUUACAUUGCAAAAUCUCCCAAAAUCGGUUAUGUUUUAACCCUCGUAAGAGCUUUCCCGGCCGCCAUCUAAAUGCCGCGUCACGCAAAGGCCUGGGAAUUCAAGAGUCCUCUCUCGCAAAACGAAGAACCCUUUCGAACCAAAAACUUUUUUAUGUAAAGGUGUUUAGGUACUGUAAUACCUCGUGAAAGUAGAAACUCAGAAGAAUCGAUAGUUUCUUAGUUUGAUUUUUGGUGACGUCACGUGCAACCCAAGAAUUGGGUUUGUGGAGUUUGUUACCCUUGUAAAUGAAAAUGAACGCCUCUCUCUUUUAAACGCCUAUUAUCUAUUAAACGUCACCGCUCUAGUAGACUACGAGCAGUCUCUCUUUUCCUUGUUCCGUCAAAAAAAAAACUUAAAAACUUAUAAGGCGAUUUCGAGUAAAACGCGCGAGACACGCUAAUAACCACGCGCGUGACUGAAGUCACGAGAAGGAAGAGGCGCCCUCGCUUCUCUCAUCUCGAGGCCUCCGCAAGCGUGCACUCCCCUGUCUAAAUCUGAAGAAAAGAGAGAAUGUUCGCAGUCUACCGCUAUAGGUGGUCUCUUUCCGAGCCGCUCGGUCACAGUCACGCGAUGCUCCCCGCCCUCAUGCCCCGGCCCGAGUGGCUACGAAGGCCGGAGACUACUGCUUGGAAUCGAAACAUAAAAUAGACGCCCGGGGCGUCUAUUAGAUCAUUAACGGUAUGCAGCUUUGUUCUGUUCACUUAUGAAUAUUAUCAUUGAUUGUUCAGUUCAUAGUCGAAAGACUUCUUCAUGACAUAUUUUUCUCCCUGCUCUUUUCAAACAGGGCAGUGAACAAACGAUUCAGCCGCUUAGAAUCUCACGUAGUAACCUUAGCCAGAAGUGUGGCGCAUUUGUCUUCAGAAUUACGCUCCCAGGCCUCAAUAAGCCAAGAUAUGGAUGAUAUGAGAAGACAAGUGAAUGCUCAACAAUACAAGCCCGAGGAAGACAGUGAUCCUGCUAAGGAAAGUGCUAUGCUUCAGUCACGCGUUAAGAAACUCAGAAGGUGCGUCUGCGUCUUAACCAUUGAAUUGCAAAAUUCGCAUUCUAUCUUAGGCUCCUACGAGGGCGUUAUUUUGGGACGUCACGUAUUCCGUUCAAGAGGUGUCGUUGCGUGACGAGCCGAAAGAACGUUUAAGCUAGUUGAGUGUAACGAAUGUGUUGAUUAUUCAUCACAUGGAAAAAACAACAAAAACAGAAAAAUUAAAUAAAAAUAAAAACGAACGUUAGUAACAACCAUUUUGUGGCCAGUCACCCAAAUGAGGGUUCAACAUUCAUCCAAACUUGGCGAAAUAGGUUACCCGGAUAGGUUGAAUACAGGCACUGUCAGGUUUGACCUGUGCACGGAUAUCCUGCCACAGAUGUUCUUUUUAGAGCCAAUUCCAUGUAGAGAAGCUACACGUUACAAGUUUAAUGAAGUUGUGAAACAAGUGCAUAAAACUGCUAUUGAUUGGUUGAUUUUUUUCAUUCAAUGUAGUUUUUUCGGCGAGGACCCUCCACUCCUGGCAAUCUUCCUGAAGAAGCUUGGAUAUGAGGUAACAUAAUUUACAAACAUUCCUUUUAUGUAACGCGUUCGUAAUUAACGAGGAAGGUUUUUAUUGCUUUCGCCGUUCAUGCAACAGUCUGUUACUCAUCUGCACUUUUUACUCUAAACUUGUCUAUUCUUUUUUACCUUAAGUAAUCACAAGGAUUUCGUCAUUUUGGUCCAAGAACAUCAAAUUGCAAAUUUAGACUUUUUAAUCAUAGUUAACGACAAAUUGUCAAAUUAUUUAGAAGAAUAUGAAGAAUUAUGCAAAUCGAGGAGGGGCGGCCGAGGCGGAUAACACCCUCCAAGAUCUGCAUAAUUCUUUAUAUCCUUCGACAGCCGAAUUCAUUAAUUUCCUUAUUAUUCAAUUCCUAGUUUAAAAAAACAAGCUAAAACAUGCUUACCUUCGUCGAUGUUAAGUUCUCCUUUAUGGUGUAUGUUUAGAUGAAAAAGGGCCGUUCAGGUCUGCAAAUAUACUCCAAAAAACAGAUGUUGUCCGUCGAGUUGUGUUCUUGCUAUGUUCGUCGUGAAAUGAGUAAAAUGUUCCGCCGACUGUUCGGCCAUUUUUCUUUUCACAACCAAAACAACUCAACCUCGUCCCCAGGUCUUCUCGGUUAACAGUGCAUUAACCUGCAACUGAGCUGCACUUUUGACGUCAUCGGUUGUUUAAUCAUGGUACAAAACCACUUUGCCUGGAGAGUAGGAGAAUCAUGGGGGAAAGAAAAUGAAGAAAUUACGUUACUGAGAAGCUUAAUUUCCCCUCUUGCCAAUGUUCCACUGUUCGCCAGCGAGGAGUUUUAAUUCCAUGUGACUGUUUAACGAUAAGGGCCUAUUUAUGUUGUUUUUUUCUGUCGCGAUGAGUAUUUGAAUUGGUUUUCUCAAUAUUAAAGAUAGAUUUUUCGUUCUUUUUUUUUUUGGUAACAGAGAUUUGCGGAUAAUUUUGAGGCAGAGCAAGUUGGAAUAUUAGAAAUGUCCUACAUGACGGAAGAACGACUGCAGAGUUUAGGAAUUCCACUGGGGCCGAGAUUAAGAAUUAUGGAGGAAGUAAAGAAAUUAUCUUCCCAUUUAGCCAGUGUAUAGCCUGUCUCGAGAUUAUAUCUCUAUUUUUGGAAGAGCAAGAUAUGCCCAUCCUGUCCUCUCGUAAACGCUGCCUAUUCACUCAGACUGGGAAGACUAAGAAGAUUUUGUUUAGUUUGUUUCUAUAUGAACUGUGUGCAGAAGCGGGAUUUUAUAAAUAUCGUGAUUUUUUUAUACAGUUGAACCUCUCCACAACAGCCACCUUGGGGACAGGAGAAAGUGGCCGUUGUAGAGAGCUUUAAACAAGAGUCAAUGUAUGGACUGUCCGCCAAAAAAAUGGCCGUUGUAGAGAGGUAACCGUUAGUGUAGGUUCGACUGUAGUUGCUUUGAACGAAACCUCAGUCUAGGUUUCCAGAUUAAAGACCAGAUCGCGUUACCGUUUUCAUUUGGCAAAGUUUUCGACAUGCUUUUGAGGUUCCGAAAAAACGCAUAGCCAAUCAAAAUUCAAGAUGUUUUGAAGGCGGAGUCGUGCAGUUGAAAGGUUUUAUUUCCGGAUGAUACGAGAAUCGGGAACUGGGAAUCGGGAACCGGGAACGGGGAAUAGGAAAAUGAAAAAUGGGAACUAAACUGAGAGUGGCUAAGAAAGUCACUGGUAGGUUUCAUUUUUUUAUUUUUCCUUUCUCUGACUCUGUUUAAGUAACACAAUUUUAUCCCUUUCCUUUGAAGCUGCACUAUUCUACCUUCAAACGAACAGAGUUUUUUCUUAGUUGUGUAUUAUAUGGAACCCUUGAAAGUUCUAAAAAUGAUGGGAAACGUGACAAGAUUUCAAAGACUUGUUAGUACAUUAGUUUGUAAAAACGGAAGUCAAACUUAGACUGUUAAUAGUGCAACUUAUAAUAUUAAUGUGCACUUUAAAGGUUGUCUUUUGUUUAUGAAGUAUUUAUAAUUGGCCAGUUUUGUUCUAAGUUUUGGGAAGGCCAGCUGAAUAUUCUGUAAAAUAGUGUACUGAAGUCAUUUGAAUAUGAAAAUUGGAGUAUUAACUUAGGGAACCCCCGGAACACUGAUAUUUUUUACAAGAACAUAGAUACAUUAAGAAACUAAACACGACGAGCGAGCCGCAGAAUUAUUGCUUCUGGAAAUUCCGUUGGUAAACAGUAAAUCAGAAAGAUCUGUUUUAGCCCUAAAAAUGGGGCCGCUUCGAUGAGUGCUGUUUUAAUCAGGGCCAAUACAGUCCAAUCACCUUGUGCUGAUUUGGACCCAAGGGCUGAAAUGAGUUUGCUUCGCAGAUUGGGGUGAAACAGAUCCUUUUAAUUUUCAGUCUACUAAUGUGAUAAAGCAAAAUGUUGAAAACGAAGAGAAUGGAAUAACUGCGAAGGUACUCCUUACUGCAUAAAUUUUCUGUCGAAACAACUGUUCCAUUUGAAUUUCCAUCAAAAAAACUUUUCUCGUAACCUGAAGUAAAAACGACUCGAAGUAAUCGUCUAAAAAUUCACUAGGCUACCUUUUCUCGUAGAAAUGGAACGUGCUCCAAUGAAGUCGCUAAGCGUUCGCUGUAGGUGGCUAGAAAUAAGUUUGUAAAUAGUUUUCUGCUGAUAGCGCGGAUGCAUACUUAAGUAAGUCCUUACUUAUAGGAAUUAACUAUUUAAUAAUUGAAAUUUAUUACGCUGUUUACCGGUUAGAUAUAUGCAUGUUACGAC